AUGGAUGAUCACGUACCAACAAUCACCCAUGAAUUGCUCAUCAGGCUCUCUCUUCCGAAAGAAGAAGAUGCUGCGAUUCUUCUCAAGAUUCAGUCUCAACAGCAUCCUGACAUCUCCUACAUGACCAGCCCCAGUCUGCCUCUUGGACAUGUACUUCGAGAUUACUGUAGACGUUCAUACCUGCACUAUGAAGCAGUACGUUUCCUUUAUGAUGGAAAAAGGGUCAGAGAAAAGGAUACCCCGGAACAGCACGAGAUGGAGAAUGAGGAUGUUAUUGAUGCAAUGUUGGAUCAGACUGCCGGCGGUGGCCAUGUUCUUUGA